CUGCGCAAGCAAUAUGGCGGCACUCUUGUUCAGCAAGUUAUAGCGAAAGAAUGCGGUCAUCUUUCAGAAAGAGAAGAGGCGUUCAAUGCGAUUCAAUGUGAUAUCAAGGGAAAGAGCACGUUGAUCGACUCUCUGCGGGCUUACGUUGAGGGUGAAACUAUGGAUUCCGACAACCAAUAUCGUUGCGACCAGUGUCAGAGCUACGUGGAUGCCUUGAAACGCACCUGUAUCAAGAAUCUGCCUAAUCAUCUGAUAUUUCAUCUCAAGCGCUUCGAUUUUGAUUUCCAGACCAUGCUUCGAACCAAGCUUAACGAUCAUUUUGAGUUUCCAAUGAAGCUCUCGAUGCGGGAAUUCACUUAUGACUACCUGCGAUCCAAAGACACCGACAACAAUGCAAACUCUACAGCGCCGUCAGUUUCGAAGUCGACCGAGUGCGCUGGUUUGGAUGAGUAUGAAUUGGCCGGGGUUUUGGUUCACGGCGGUUCUGCC